AUUGACAACAGGAACAGGAAAUAAUAGAGGAAACAAAAACAACAGCAACAACAGCCGCCGCAGCAAAGCAGAGCAGCUUUCAAACUGAGUCCAAUCAAAAUGCGAUGCAAGUCGAGAUGAAUGCACGUAGAGAGAAAAUAAUCAUACAAAAUCAAAUGAUUAUAAACUCGCAACAACAACAACAACAGCCGCCACAUGCUGGCAAAAAGUUUAAGAAGCACACGCAACAGUCCACAUUAUUUUCCACCACGGCCGCAAUGUCGAACAACAAUAGCAACAACAAUAACAACAUGGGCAGCAGUGGCAAUAUUAGCAAUAGCAACAAUAACAACAACAACAACAACCAUAGCAAUAAUAACCGCAAUCCAACCGAACCAAUGUCGCCGCCAAUAUAAACGCCACCGCUAAUAACGGCAACAUUAACUCGAACAUCAACACCAUUUCCACACCCAACAUCAAUGCGAAUGCCACCAUCACAACAAAUGCGGCACAACAGCCGACUAGCGGCAACGCCGGUGUACCGGUCGUCACCUACAAUGGCAAUCAAUAUUGUGUAAUCACGCGCAAUGAUGCGGGUGCCGCCGAGAAGUCGGAAUUGCUGCAAAUUCAUGGCCAAUUCACCACCGACAAGGAGGGUAAGACGAAUAUAAUUCUGAUGUCGCCGGUUUCGGUGCCGAUGCAAAUGCAGAUGCACGUGCCGAUGCAGGUGGAAGUGCAAAAUCCAAAUUAAAUUGAAUUUGCCGUGCGGCAAUCGGAGUCGGGCGCUUAGAGGUCUACAAUGUAAAUGGGUUUACCGGGAAUAGUUCGAGCGCAUUUGUUGGCGGUAAUUGUCCGAAGCCAGAAGGCAGUGGUUAAACAGGGCGCGCCUACCUGUCAGUAUGCAGAAAGGUAUCGCGGUUGUAUUAAACGAAAAUUUUAACUUUUUAGUUUGAGUGUAAGACAGCAAAUAAGAGCGGAAACUAUGUAAUAUAAAUAUUUGAUAUAAACAAGUUCAUGUUAUACCCAACGCACUUAGGAAGUGCAGCAGUAAAAGAAAUUACGGCGCAAUGAGGCAUUAAAGUACAUUUUGAAGACUUUUGAAACAAAGAAAGAACAUUAUUUUUCAGGAUCUUAAAUAUAUAUGGUUUCUCUGCGAGAGAAUUUCUUUCAGCACUAGAGUUUUUACAAUCCCUAUAUUAUUCAAAAAUGUAUGGAUAAUGUUUCCAAAUUUUUAAAAAGUUAAAAAUUCCAGUUUAAAGAUGAUCGACGCCGGGCGCCCAAAUUAGUUAGUUAAGCUAACCACAUAAGUACUGUAGCAUGACUGACCUUUCGGGUUUAAAUAUAGACAUAAGUUCGUUUGAGCCGUAAAAGAAAAGCAGUAACCAAUCACCUCUCAAACAGUUAUACUUAUAAUCAUAAAAAACUAGUCUAUUAAAUACUUGACUACCACUUUCUGAGUACUCGUAAAGCAACGCGGGGGAGCCAAGGACCCCAAUGCGACUCCUCCAAUUAUUUCGAUCCUUUGCCUCCACGUUUGAUUUGGCACCAACUUCUUUGAACAUAAGAUAUUUCGAUAUACAAAUUUCUUCUCCAGGUUAGAGUGGGUCGGCCUUUUCGUCGGUUGCUUUGUUGAAUUCCAAUCGAUAGCGCACCGAGUGAUUCUGUCUGGAUCUCGUUUCGGAACAUAUUCGAUUUAGCUCCAUUUUCUUUUCAGAAUUUUAGUCCACACGGGUGUUUGUUUGUGUCGGACCAUAAGUAUGUGUUAGAGCAUAGAUCUUAAGAGAAUUUAAAUGAAUGGCGUUCUAAUAGUGGAAAUUUAAAGUGUUUAAGUUAUUAAUAAUUACCACUGAUCAUUAGGUAUUAGGCCCUAUUUAUAUAAUGCAUAUUGUGAUAUUGUAGAAUUGUUUAUGGAUUGGGAAAAGUCUUAAACCUACUUUGACUAUGAUAGGUUUCUUUACUCUACAACGAAGUCGAAACGUUAGUAUUGCCAAGAAUGAGGAUAAUUUCAAUCUAAGAGAUGAAAAUGUUUAGUAGUUGCAGGUUAGGUUAGGUUAAAAGGUCGAUUUAAAGUCCCACUUGGACAAGCUGAGAACGACGGUACACGCUGAGUAUUGAUCGAAAAUACUCUCAAAAGUCGACAAAUUGCUUUGAGUUUACCACAAACGGGUAUUUGUUAGGUUCGCCAAAGAUAUGAGUCAACUUUGACAGUUAGCGUCGGACAAUGUUUUCAGUCUUACCGUAUGCACGCAUAUUGGACAAUGACCAGUAAGAAUUCCUAACGAACCUUACUAAGAGCAAGUAGUUCAGUGGAUCCCCUGCAUUCCGUAGUAAGCAAGAAGGACCACUUAGUCGCGCAAGAGCUAAUUGUUGACCAGCGCCUGCUAAGCUCCUGUCAAGUUCGGAGGUUCAGCGGUAGAACGCAACAGUACAACGGAGACCCAACGUAGACCGUGAAAAUUUCAUAUAAAAAACUGCGAAUAAUUAAAUUUUGUUAAAAAGUUCAAUUAUACAUUGUAACUCCAUAAUAUUCAGAGACUUAAAUUAGCUCAAGCCUGUUAUACGUUUAGAUAUUGAUAUUUAAUACAGGUUGUUUCACAAAGUUGGAAACAUUUGUCUUGAACCCAAGAGUUUCUUUAUGCCUCGAAGCAAACAAUGGUUGGAAAUUCAUUUCACAUAAUUUAUCAACUUUUGCAGUUCUAGCGCAAUUUUUCUUUGGUAUAACAGUACAGUUAUGUGGUAAGUUACACAAAUUUUUCACUCUGUUUUUUAACGUGCGUUGGGUAAAAAAGGAAAUUUAUAUGAAUUUGAGCAAAGAGAUUGUCAUGUUAAUAAAAUGUCUUCAAGCUAUGAUAACGAAAAAAGUUCAAAAUAUGUAUACACAUUAUAAUUAUGGUUCGAAAUUAACUCUCUAUGGUUUGUUGCGGUAACGGUAAAAUUAUAAAUCUUAAAUCUAAGCGCUGUAAGCUUAAGUUAGAAACUGCAAUUUUAAGUUAAAAACUUGAAAUCUUGCUUAUCACAGCGUUGGCGGUCUCCAAAAUCUAAAAAAAAAAUAAAAUAAAAAAACUCAAAAAUUCCAACAAAAACAAUAUGCAAAUAUUAAACAAAUAACACCACAAAGUUGCAAUAGCUAACCCACUUAAUAUAAAUUUUUAAGUAUUUACCGCUAAGAGUAAAAAAAUAUAUAUGUAUAACUAUAAAGAUUUCUGUUUAAGAAGAACCAAAAUACUUUGAAAAAGUUUGUAAAUAAUAAAGUAAAUUAGAAGAAAAAAGUGAUCGUCUCCAUGCAAAACAAAAAAAAAUCUAUAUAUAGUAAAAAAAAACAAAAAAAAAACACCGAUAAAAUUAAAAAAGCGAAAAAUUGACACGCAGAUCCAUAAGCGAUACAGAUGUGUAUGCACCUACAAAAUUUUGCAUAAGCGCUUUUUAAAUUAAACUUAAAACUGUAAUUUGUAAAUGAUUUUAUAGUAACGAGUAAAAAAAAUUCCAAAAAAAAAAUGAUGAACUUAUACUUUACUUUUAAAUAGCCGUCAUGAAUUUGAAAAAAAAAUAAAAAUAAAAAACACUGUGUUUGUGUAUGAUUAGUAUUAAGGAAAAUUUAAGUACAUAUCUGGGAUAAAAGAAGUAAAAUGAAUAUAAAUGGUGAAUGGAGCAUUUAAUUGUAUUUUGCAGUUAGCUAAAACCGCUCUAUAUUUGUAUGGAAAUGUUGUAAUAUGUAUAACCGAAAAAUGUAUUACUUUGAAAGCAGGAAAAAGUAUUGAAAACGGAUUUAUAAAGGUAUACUGUAAGAAUUUAUGUCCGAUAGGUUAUUUAUCUUUUAUUUUUAUUUGAUUUUUUAUUUUGUAACAAAAUUGAGUUUGAAUUUCUUUAAUAAUGUUGAAUGCAUAUUUUUUAAAAACAUAUGGCAACCCUAUGUGAUACUUGGCCGUUUACGAACAUUGUUCUUAAAAGUUUGCGUUCGAAUUAUAGGCACCGAGCUUUUAGAGGUAAUCCAAUCUUUGUCACUGGCUAUUUAAUAGAGCAAAAACUGUAGGACUAAAUAUAUAAAAAUUGAUCUCUUGAGUUUCAGAUGUAGCGAAUGUGCAAUAUCCGUUAAUAUAAUUUAACAAGCUUUAGUCAAUCUCACUGAAUCGAUUUUGGAACUCAUUUCGUUUAGUUUAUGCUCCUAUGGUGAGCUCUUUCGUUAUAUGAGUGCGAACACAGAGAGAGCUUGAUACAUUUUUCCUCAAUAUAAUAAUAAUAAAAGGCGAUUUGUAUUGUGAGUAUUCUAGUCGAUUUUUGCAUUGUUUAAGAAUAAUUGUGAUCUGAGUUGAUACUUAAAGGAAAUUAGUUUAAAAAAUGUGCGCUACAUUACUAUAGAGCCAAAGAUAUAUCCACAACAAUCUCUUUCUACAAGAAUAAUUAAUUUCAUAAUUAAAUUUUUCGUAAAUAAUUUUAGUUUUUUUUUUUAAAUUUGAACUAAUAUUCGGUUUGAAAUUGUUUUGCUAUUAUAUAUUUUCUAUAUAUUAUAUAAUAUUACAUAUGUAUAAGUCCAAGUAUUUAAAUAUACCGAAUUAUUGAUAUUUACAUUAGUAAUUAUUACUUAAAAAUAUUAUUUAUAUUUAUUGCAUACUUGUAGUAUUGAAGAGCCAAAUAAUGACUCCUUAAUUGAUAACUUAAAUGUGUAGAAUGUGAAAAGAAAACUUUGUAAAGAAAAACGAAUUCGUAGAGAGCAUUUGCAAAUAUUGUAGUUGCUAAGAGAAAACAAAAGAAACAACCAAAACAACAACUAUUUACGAUAACAAAUAAAAUUGAAGUGUGAAAAACAAUUCGAUUAUCGCUUAAUUUGUUAAAAAUAAUUAUAUAUGCUUCGUACUAAGGAGAUGAAUCUAAUAUAUUUGUUGCCAUUUUCGCGACCACCACUAAGAGCAAAACAAUAAGAAAGAGAAGUUAGCAUAUCACUGUAGGAGUCAAUCAUGCUCAAUUUCGUUUUCGUCGAUUUCGUUCUGUUAAUUUCGAUGUCAAAUAUGCACCAUGCUGUGAAUUUCCAACCGAAAUCUUCGAGUCCGACCGUCAUGUAAGCACUGUUUCGUUUGCACUGGAGCUAAAUAUAGCAUGUUUGGUAUCAUUUAAAUAAGGCUGGAUAUAAAGAGAAGCUCGAUGUAUGAAUGUAACACGAGUUAACACAAAAAACCGCAUGGACCGAUGCCCUUAAUUCAGCCCGGUAUUGUCAUUAAUUAGAUCUCUGAUGUAUGCAAUUGUUAAGAAGUGGGCAGCUUUGGCCAAUAGGAGCGGAAUUGUGUUCUAUCAGAACAAAACCAGGCCAUACAUACAUCGCUAGUUAGUUGCCGGAAGCUCCGCGCGCUUGUUUGGAUGGAUUUUAUAUACUCACCUCAUAGGUCGAACUUGGCACCAAGUGAUUACCGGCUGUUUCUGCCUCAAGAGAAGCUUGUAAAAAUCUACUAUUCCAAUAGUGAGAGUGUCAUAUCGAAAUUAACUCGGGUACAGAACUAUCAGGUAUAAAAGUUCUUAUAUAGGCAUAUCAGAUAGUAUCUUUGUGGAGCUAUAAAGUUACUUUUCCUAAUAGUUAAUUCUAUAGUUUUAACUAUAACUUAAACUUAAUAAUGCGCUAUAACUAUUGAAAGGCUAUAAAGUGGAAAACAUUAUUUUAAUUCGAAUAUAAUGUAUGGUUAUGGUAGAAUUUGAAGGGUAUUUAAGAUGUCAGACGCAGCCUCAUAGUUAAAAUUUCUGUUAAAUACAUAAAAAGAGAAAACGGUGACUGAAAUGAUGGUGUUUUCUAAAUAAUCGUUCAACAUUUCGAGAGCAGAAAACCCAUUCUCCCAUUACAAAUUUCCGAGAAGCUUUGUAGAAGGUUUAAAAAUAAUUGACUAUAAUAAACAAUUGAAUAUUUUAUUUUUUAUCACAUUGUGAAAAUUUUUUUUUGAAGGAGCUUAUACUCAUUAUAUUUAACAUUUAACACAUGUUUUAUGAAUCCCAAGAAAAAUGAUAUUUAAAGCAUUGCCUACCAAAGGUCGACGUGUGUAUUAGUUUUCAGUAGUAUUAUAAUCCAAACUAUUUAAUAUUUUCUUUUCCCGAGUAUCUCUUAUCAUUCGAGAGCAAUGAUCUGUUUGAAAAUUGUUGAACCCUCCAUAUUUCUGAUGAAAUCAAAAUUUAUAUGAAAAUUACGAGGAGAAGUUCAGGAGAGAUAGAAUAUUGAUAAAACUCUCAUAUGGGAAUUCAACUUGCAUUCCAAUUACUGUUAGUUAUUUAUAUUUCAAUGCAAUAAGUUCAGCUGUGUACAUUUUUUUAAAACCUGCUGUACGGUAAUUUACCAUUAAAGUUACAGUUGCGCAAUUGUCACCACUGCACAAAUACCAAGCACACGGCUCUUUUUCUAAUUUUUCACAUAAACGAGCCUAUAGCACUUAAACUUAGAAGAUUCUGAAUGAAAUCUUAGUAACCAAAAUGCCCGUUUGCAAGCAUUCCAUCAAACCAUUAGUACAAAUAAAUACGGCAAACACCAACCACUUCCACCAAACUGUUUUUGAACUGUUGAAUUGACCAUAAACAGAAACUUGCUGCUGCAAAAAUAGUUGCUACGACAUAUACGAGUACAUAAGUAAGAACAACAAGAGUAAGAAAGAUUUUAUGAGCCAAAAGCAGCAAAGUGGGGGCAUAAAUUAUACGACAUAACCGCUGUGCAUUUACAUGUGUUUGUAUCUGUGCGGCUGUGUGUGUUUAAUGGAAAUGUUAUAUCUCACAAGCCCAGCAAACAAAUUAUUUUUUAAGCACCUUAAAAUUAUGGCUUUUUUAAAAUUACAUAACUAGCAGAAUUGCACAUGUAUUCCGUAUUUCGACAUGGCGAAAGACUGUCAUGUCAAAAUUAUACAAGGCAUUUUUUUGGAGUAUGAGGAAAUUACUGCGCCACGGACAGCGUCGCCACGAUACCUUUAUUACAAUUACAGCAAUCAUUGAUUCUAUAUUUUACACUGAUUUCAAAAGUUUUACAGAUUUCUGAUCAAAUUUGACCCGGACUGAUAAAAAAAGGUACAUUUUCACGAAUUUUCCUGAGCCAAGCAAAGAUGCCAAUGCGUAAUCCAGUUUUCCAUUCAAUUGUUAUAAGACUCGGCUGCGAUGGCUUUCCUUGCCUUCCUCGCCUUCCUCGCCGUUAUUCGCCUCGAUUUCUGGUUUUUCGGUUUCGGCUAAUUUUUGGACCGCAAUUCCCUAGAUCGUUACCAGUAAAUUUGCGAUAUAAAUAGCUUCACCUUUAAAGCUGACAAUAUUGAUCUAAAAGAAACUUAAUUGCAUAGACUUCAAUUGUAUUUGCAAUGUGAAAUAACGAAACGAGCAUUUAGUUUUGAGGUUCAGUGAUAGAAAGGACUGAAUCCCAUGCCUGUCGAAACUAUUUUAUUAAGCAAUUACGUCACUAGCUCUAACACAAAUCUUGAAUAUUUUGCUCUCAACUAAACCUAUACACGCUUCGAACACACUUGAAGGUAAAUAUUAGAGCGUACUUAAGCGUUUGCUUGUUGGAAUUAAUUAGCACAGAACAGCAAAUUGAAUAUUUAACAUUCAAGCAAUAACAACAACGCCUACAAACGCAACAACAACUAUUAACUGCCAAAGAAAACUAACAAACUCCACUAUAAUACCUGUAUAGCGUCAACAUUAACAAGUGUCAGCUGCUGUAGCCAAUCAACCUACAUACCUAUUACCUUCAAUCGAUUCUGAGUGCACGCCAUCAAAUCUGUUGAAUCAGUUGAGUUUUUAAUUCUCGCGUAGACGGUCGCUUACGGUGAUUUACAAGUUAAGAUGCUGAAUGGAAAAUUCUACACGGGCCUGCCGCCCAGCAUGAUCGAACGAGGCGCGACACAGCGUAAUCGCCUGCAAUCAAGUAUUUUCUGGCCGGAUGACACUAAAGUCGACUCGGCGGUGGAGACGCGCGUCAAACGGCGUAAUAGCUUACAAAUUGCACAAGCCGAAAGGCCACGAUUGCGCAUGCAAUCAUCGGUGAGCGGUGGCGGUGACGCAGAUAUAAAUACACGACAAUUAUUUCAGAAAGAGUUUUCGAAAUCAUCAAUCGAGUUUUUGGAUAAUCUUUGUGAAGAAACGCCAGCAAGAAAACCCUUGCUCUAUAGGGGUCAAAGGAGAGCAGCUACAGAGGUGACAGCCAAACCGACAGCGUUGAAAUUGCCACUGCCCGAGAAUGUGGUGAACGCUGGAUAUACCACUGCCAAGAAGAAGCAAGCGUUCACAUCGAAAAUCGAAUUCUACGAUUAUGUGGGUGAUGAGUUGAACAAUCGAAAUAAUUUAAGACGCGCCAAAAUGGAUAUGAACGAUAAAAAAGAGAUGGAGCGGAACACGAAGAAUAGCCCUAAAUUGCAAGUGAAAAACAAUAUGCGCGAUUUAAGCGCGAAUGAAAAGAAGGUAGAUAUAGUCAGAGUGGAUAGCAAAACUGUUCAGGAUAAUGCUGAAAUACAAUUGAAAAACAAUAUGCACGCAGAAACGGAGAGCAGAGCGCAGGAUCGUUACGCCACAGAAGUAUUUGAUGAAGAAUACGAAGAUGUUCGUCACAAUUCAGCAGGAAAUAAGAGAAAUCCGCCUGCAAGCGUAGAUCGUUUUAGAGACGAGCGCAUACGUGAACUAGAUUUUUUGGAAAGUAGACGAACUGUUAGUCCGGAGCAUGGCUACAGGCGUGAAAAUCGUUUACAAGAACUGUAUGAAGAUGAAUAUGGGGCACCUGAUUAUGCACCCAGUGGACGUUAUGGGCGCCAAACGGCAGUGCGUCGUUCCAACAGCGUUGGACGUUUCACGACUCCAACAAAGCGCAUACUAAAACAACCCGCAAGGGAGCGCAGGCGUUACGAGGAUUAUGUAGAAGAUGGUUAUAGAAGUAGUGAGAUCAGUAGAAUUAAUGAACGUUAUAGGCGCAGAAAUAACGAUGUGCAUGAACGCGAGUCUUAUAACGAGCACGAUGCUGAGGAAAAUUUGGACUACAUGGAGGAUUGCAUGAGAAAUAUGCGCGUUUGCACAUCACCAAAAAAGCAUGUCACCUACAGCGAUGACACCUACUCGCACGACGACGAAAUGCCAAGUCAGUCACGACGACCGAUCGCAUUAAACGCGCAGUCGCGUAAUCGCGCGCCACCACCAUUAAAAACAGCAGCAAAUAUGCGCACCGGAAGCAACAAUCUGCAACGCCAACAAACGGAGUUACGACGCUACAAUAGUGAAAUAGAUCUCGCAGAUGAUGUUAAUGAGACGUUGGAGCAGAAAUUUAUGGAAAAUGACAUGAGCGGCAGUGCAGCAACAAUCAAGUCAUUAAAUAUUGCUGGCAUUUACAAUAACAAAAGCAAUAACCGCCAGUGCAUUGAGGGUGAAGAGCACAGGCGUGUGGUCAAUAAAAUAAAUAACAACAAAAACAACAAUUACAAUAACACAACGAGUCGUCUUAAUAAUCAAACUAUCGCAUCAGCUGCACGAAAAAUCACACCAAAUAUGCCAACAGCCGUGACAACAAAGCAAAACGCCGACAUGCGAAGCGCAAUACCAGAAGCAGCGACUGCAACGGGCGUUAAAAAACAUUUGCGCAGCAGCCUCUGUUUUAACAAUGGCGAGAUCAUUGCGACCGAUGACGUCGGUUCGACGUCCGUAAAGGCACCCACGCGCAAUGCGCGCAGCACGUCGACGCGUCAGCGCGUUAGUGUGGGUCUGCCCGAUUAACAGCUGACUUGGCGCUGAGCUUAAGCGGCGGCGUAGCUGGACGCGCAGCUGCUGUAUAUACGCGGGCACGGUGAAUGGCUCGUACACGUACUUGUUUGUAGCGCGCGCUCGCUAAUACAAUGAUUAUUCAUAAAAUGAGAUAUAUGAUCGUACAUUUUGUUGUUUUGGCUGUAUCUUGAAAUGAUCGAAUUUUUAAAUGGAAAAUUAACAAAGUGACUUUAUGAACUUUAUAUAGCAUAUACAGUGUGAAUAUAUGUGCAUAUACAUAUGCAAAUUUCAAUGCUAUGUACAAAUGUUCAUUUGUAUAUGUGUAAAUAUGUUUCAGUAUUCCAUUAUAUACGGCUUUGGUGUUUUUUUAUUGGGCUUAACUAGUAUUUUAUGGUGUUGUGUGUUCUUAAAGUUGGAAAUUCAUAAAUACCAAUGAAUACAAAUACAAUGGCAAGCCUACACUCAAAUUCAAGAACACGUCGUUGUAAACAAUUUAUGUACUUAC